AUGGGGAGAAGCGCUUGUUGUGCAAAGGAGGGCUUGAACAAAGGUGCUUGGACUGCCCAUGAAGACAAAGUUCUCAGUGAAUACAUCAAACUCCAUGGUGAAGGCAGAUGGAGAAACCUCCCGAAAAAAGCAGGUUUGAAAAGAUGUGGGAAGAGCUGCAGGCUUAGGUGGUUGAAUUAUCUGAGGCCAGACAUUAAGAGAGGCAACAUAUCACCAGAUGAAGAAGAGCUUAUCAUCAGGCUUCACAAGCUCUUGGGGAACAGAUGGUCGCUAAUAGCUGGUAGGCUUCCAGGGCGAACAGACAAUGAAAUAAAAAACUACUGGAACACCAAUUUAGGCAAAAAAAUCCAAGACCAACAGCGGCAAGGCUCUGCUUCAAAUCUCAAGCACCACAACAAAAAUGGUGAACAAGUUUCCAAAAAGGCCAAGACUAUGGAGGACAUGUCUCCCAACAUGACCUCACCAUCACCAUCCAAGAUGUCCCCAGUGGUCAGAACCAAAGCUGCUAAGUGCACCAAAGUUUUCAUCAACCCAGACCCUCCCAAACUCCCACUUGGCCACCAACAUUGUGAAGAAAACAACAGAGGAGGGUUGAUGUUAGAUAGGCAUGCGGGGGAUGACCACACGAACAAUGGGUCGUCGUCAUUUUCCUCCUUCUCUAAUAUCGCUGAUCAAGAAAAUUCGUCCUCGGAUUUUCUAGUGGAUUUUGACAUGAACGAGAUUAGCCUAGCAACUCUCCUGAAUUCCGAUUUUCCGGCGAUUAAUUGUGACGAUGUUGAUCAAAAUGGUGCCAAUAGUUUGUCACACUGUGUGGACCAACCAGCUCAAAUUUUCUCAGAGGAAAUGUUGCAGCAUUUGAAUGGUGGCAGCCACGAUUGUGUUCAAGUUCAACCAAAUUUGGUUCUUAAUUUCCAUUCCUUGACUUCUUUUCUCCAUGGGGAUCAAGGAGGGGAAGAAUGGCUUGGAGAGUAG